AUGUCAUAAACAUUAGUAGCGACUUAAUUGAGAAAUCCUGAACAUGCUUAUUCGGGCUUGACUUAUGGUUCAAAAGAACUAGUUGAUAAAUUAAAAAAAGAAAAUAAAUUAGGAGAAAGUGAUUAGCUCUUUGUAAUAAUAAAUGGUUACAUAUUCGUUUUCAAAGGGGAUGCAGAUUAUAGAAAGAAUGAGAUUGGUGCGAACAAAUAUUAGAGGGAGCUAUUAAAAAUGACUAUUAGUUAAGAAGUUGAAUUUCAAGUAUUCAAAUUGCCAAAAGACAAAGAGUACCGGUUAAAAGUUUUGGAUUUAGAGAUUGAUAUUUAGUCACUUGGAAAUGGGGGAAAUUAAAUUGAGUUAGAUGAUGAUGAAUUUGCAAAGCUGUUCAAAACUCAAUUCAGGGGACAAUUUUUUAAGACUGGGUAAGUGUAGCUAUUCCAACACAAUCAGAAUCAUUAUUUAAUAAAAGUAACACGAACAGAAAAUUUGAGUGUCGAAACAGAUUAAAAUCUAAAGAAGUUUGUAGGUGGAGGGAUGUUGUUUGACAAUACAGAAAUAGAAUUUAGUGUAAGAUCUGGGAUAUCUCAAUUGAAGAUGAAAAAUGUCUAGAAGAAGACAGCAACAUUGUUUAAAGAUGACUUUAAUUUUGAUCAAUUAGGAGUAGGAGGUCUAGACAAGGAAUUAGCAGAUAUUUUUAGAAGAGCAUUCUCAUCAAGAAGAUUUUCAUAACAAUAUUUAGAGAAAUAUGGGAUUAAGCAUAUUAAAGGGUUGCUAUUGUAUGGUCCUCCAGGAACAGGAAAGACUCUGAUAGCAAGAUAGUUGGCAAACGUAUUAAGGGCUAGACCUCCAAAGAUUGUUAAUGGCCCAGAAAUAUUUAGUAAGUAUGUAGGAGAGGCUGAGGAGAAUAUUAGGAAGUUGUUUGCAGAUGCAAUUAAGGAUUAGGAAACUUUAGGAGAUGAAAGUGAUUUGCAUAUAAUUGUAUUUGAUGAAAUGGAUGCCAUUUGCAAAUAGAGAGGAUCUGUUUCAUCGGGCGUUGGAGCAUAUGAUAAUGUUGUUAAUCAAUUAUUGUCAAUGAUAGAUGGCGUUAAUUCUUUAAAUAAUAUUCUUGUGAUUGGUAUGACAAAUAGAAAAGACUUAAUUGAUGAAGCAGUUUUAAGACCUGGAAGAUUUGAAGUGCAUAUCGAGGUUGGAUUGCCAGAUGAAAAAGGUAGAUAAUAAAUCUUUUAAAUUCAUACUGAAAAUUUAAGAAAGAAUUAAGCCUUGUAUAAAGACGUAAAUAAUGAAGAGUUAGCAACAUUAACGAAGAAUUAUACAGGAGCUGAGAUUGAGGCAGUAGUUAAAUCAGCAUCAUCAUUUGCCUUUUAGAGAAUUUAGAACAUUUUUAAUUUUUCAUAAAGAGUGAAUUAGUAGGAUGAUUUGAAAAUAACAAGGGCAGACUUUUAGAAUGCUUUAGAAGAAGUGAAACCAUAAUUUGGAUUUGAUUCAAAUAAAUUCGAUUUGCUACUUAAAAAUUAAUUGAUUGAUUUUGGAGAUGAAUUCUAAAAAUUAUAAAAAAUGUUAAGAGGUACAAUCAAUCAAACUCGUUUUGGAAAGAGUUCAAAAUUGAAUUCAAUUCUUUUAGAAGGAUACCAAGGAUCAGGUAAAACAAGUGUGGCUGCUUAUUUCGCUGUCGAGUGUGGAUUCCCAUAUGUAAAAUUGAUUUCGCCAGAAUGCUUUAUUGGUAUGACAGAGGAUGCUAUCAUAAAUAAAAUUAGUAAGAUAUUCAAUGAUGCUUACAAAUCCUCUCUGUCUUGUAUUGUUAUUGAUAACAUUGAGAGAUUGAUUGAAUACGUUGAUAUUGGACCCAGAUUCUCUAAUUCGAUUUUAUAAGCACUCCUAGUCUUGAUUAAAAGAUUACCAGAUAAGACUUAAAAUAAAUUAAUGAUAGUAGGAACUACAUCUUCUUAUUAAAUCCUAAAACAAUUGGGUGUUGUUUCUUGCUUCAAUCUAACUUUUAAGGUACCAAAUCUUUCAAAGAAAGAGGAAAUUAGGACUGUGAUUUACAACUAUAUGAAUAUCCCAGACAAAGAUGAUAAAUCUGAAAAGUAGAAAAAAUAAAGAGCACAAAUUGAGAAAAUUUGCUCAACAAUAGAUAACAUUCCAAUCAAAAGAUUGUUGAUGUUACUAGACAUGGUUUGUACAGAUGAGAAUGAGUUGAACUACGAAGAAUUUAAGUCAUGUUAUUAGAUGGCAUAGAUGAAUCAUUCAUGAUCUUAUGUUUAAAAUUAAUUAAAAUCUUAUAAAAAUAUACUUAAA